AUGGAGCACCUCUACCCUUACCCCAAGAUGGGCACUUCAUUCCUCGAAAUUCUGCAGGAUCCCUUGACUCGCAAGUUGCUGGGCUUUGAGGCCGUCCACGCCGAACCAAUCCCCUUCGUCAGCGGGGUCACCUCGCGGGCCAAGUUUUUACUCAACGAUGCCAUGCAACAGCUCUCGUUCCUCAAAAUUGGGUAUACCGCGCUCGAGGCAUUCUUGCAGGCCAACUGUACUGGGCCCCCACUGGAGUUCAAACCCGAGGAGGUCAUUUUCCCACCGCCAUACCGAAACGAAGGCCUCGAAUCGGUAAAGCAGGCCCUGUCCGAGUACCUUUCUGCCGAUGGCUCUCGCCCAUACCCACUAACACCGCACAUUGAGCUCUUCUGGCUCGCCAAAGUCAUCUUGUCGAAUCCUACACUGGCUGAAGCCGGGUUCAAUGGCCGGCGAGCACGCUUUCGAGUCAACUUCUGGCAUCAGAAACUCCUCCUGGAGGAGUCUCCCUCUCUGCGUGACGCCCUCUAUUCGGACGCCGAGAUCCUCGAACACCAGCUGACUUCUCGCUUGGCGUUUGGCGGAGCAGCUGCCGAAGAACAUUUUGUCGAGUUCCUGAUUGAGCGAGCAGUGAUCCGGACAUACUACGGUGAUGAUGCGCUGGCAAGAGCCGACCUCGCCAAAGCUGCCACAACGCGCCAGUUUCAAUUUGUGCUGACUGGGGCGUUGGGCAAAAGGACGAAAUUCCAGGACCGGGAUAUCAGCCAGCUUGUCAUAUUGGCAAAGAGUCGAGACCAAGAACCAGAACCUUAUACCAGUCGUAAGGGCAGUAGGGUCGAGGGCACAAAAUCCAGCGAGCCCAUCGCAGAGAUUGACCGUGAUGAAGCCAGUGCUACGCCUGGGAGCUCUGCGACGAAACCAGAGAGCCUGCCUCUCAACGACGACACCCUUCUCGAGCGCAUCCAGUUCCAAUCCAGUAUUCCAUCAGCUCCUGUGUCAGAAGACACAAUGACACACAUUGCGUCCCCCGACUCCAACAUCCCCCCGCAACUCGCAUCUCUUGAUCCGGCGAAUCAGCCACUUCUCUUCCCCAUGGACAGUAUCAUCCUGCUUGCCACCGCGAGCAGCAUCACCAACACCUCUCCAGAUGAUGGCCUGGUAAGGGAAGAGACUUUGCCCUACGCGACUCGGGUCCUGGAAGGAGGAUCCUCCAACUGGCAAGUAUACACUCAAGCCCUACUUGUUAGGAGCAGAAUUGAAGGUUACCGGGCCCGUACCGCAGAGAGAGGCCUGUUACAGUUGCAGGCGCUCGUUGAUCAGGUCAUUAUCGAAACGACACCAGAGUCCACAUCUUCAGCGUCAGAUACGAAGAACCCAACGACAUCUGCCACAGAGUCAGCAGACCCGUCGACAACAGGUGCAACUACAUUCCUGCCCAAGGCAGACCCCUCCGAGUCCGCCUCCGUCGCCGAACGUCUGAAAUACGUAUACCAGCUCUCCCCACCGUUGCGAUGGGAGCUCGAGGCCGAGCUCGCCCAGCGCUGGACUCAGAUGGGCGGCCUCAAAACGGCUCUGGAUAUCUACAACCGUCUCCAGAUGAACGCAGAGGUGGCGCUAUGUCUUGCAGCGACGGAUCAGGAGGGCAAAGCGGUGGAGUUGCUCAAGGAGUUGCUGUUUGAAGAGCCGCAGGCCGCAGAUACUGACAGACGGCUACGCUCUCCUCCCCCGACAGACGGUCCCCGUCUUCUUUGUAUACUAGGCGACAUCACCGAUGACCCCUCCUGCUAUUCCCUCGCCUGGACCGUCUCCUCCAACCGGUACGCCCGCGCUCAACGCUCGCUCGGCCGGUACCACACCAAGAAGCGCGACUUUCCGAGUGCCGCAGAGGCGUACACCCUCGCGCUGAGUAUCUCUCGCGUCGACCGAGCGAGCUGGUUCGCGUUGGGGUGCCUGCAGCUAGAGCAGGAGGAGUGGAUGCCCGCGGUCGAGAGCUUUACUCGGUGCGUACAGUUGGACGACAGGGACGCGGAGAGCUGGUCGAAUCUGGCCGUUGCGUUGUUGAGGCUAGACAGACCGGUGACCGGAUCCGUGGAUGUGCCGCAACAAGACCGCGAGUCUACUGCAACGACCGCCGACGCAGAGGCAGAUGCUGCUUCGGGGCCUCCUCCUCCCGCGCAGAGAGCCGACCCGUAUCGGCACCUACGAGACGCUCUGCGGGCCCUGCGCCGCGCGGCGACGCUGAAAAGAGACGACGCGCGGAUCUGGGACAACUACCUCACGGUCGCGGCGAGCAUACCCCCGUCAGCAAACACGCCGUGGGGGGAGGUCAUCCAGGCAAUGGAGCGUGUGGUGGAGCUGCGAGGCAAGAGAGAAGGGGAGAAGUGUAUUGAUCUGAAGAUCCUAGCCGUCCUCAUAGACUACGUCACGGGGACGUGGACGUAUCCUUCGACAGACGAGGGCGAAGAAGGGGACGAGCAGGACCAACCUGCUGCUACCGCCGAAGCAGGCGCCGCAGAGACGGCUGGUCCGGAGGAGAAACAGUCUAGGCAGAACGGCCAGCAUGAGAAGGACGACGACGAAUCACCGAUACCAAAAACCAACCCCGACGCCACGACAGCGACAACGACGCCAGUACCCAAGGGGGGGAAACUGCCGUACACGCCGCGCGCGUUCCUGCACCUGGUCGACACGCAGGUCGCGCCUCUGGCGACCUCGUCGGCGCCGCUGUGGACGCUGCUCUCGCGCAUCGCGCAGUGGCGGCGGCGGCCCUACGCGGCGCUGCAGUGGAGCGAGAAAGCGUGGCGCGCGCUGCUGACCGCGGCGUCCCCGGCCGAGGACUUUGACCACGUCCCCCGCGCCCAGUGGCGGCAGGUGGUCGACAAGACGGCGUGGGUGAUGCGGCGGUACCGCGAGCUGGGGCCCCUGCAGCGCGAGCGCACCGGCGGGGCCGUCGAGCCCAAGUGGCGCUUCAAGGCGCGGAGCGCGGCGCGCAGGGUCUUGGGCCGCGGCAAGGCGUGGGAGGAGGCGGGCGACGAGGACUGGGCGCGCUUGAAGCGCGCUGCCGCCGAAGUCGACGCUGAUGCCGCCGCGGACGCCGCGUGAAGCCUCCCUGGUCGGGCUGUAGGCGAAGUCAGCGGUGAGAUGGCCUGCCUUUGUCAGGGGUUGAGACGCGGGAGGCGUAAAUCAAGUUCUGGAUCGUUUGUAGCGAGUGAACUGGACAGGUCGCACAGCGGCGAGGACCGAACCGAGACACGAGACACGAGAGACAAGGAAUGAACGGGGCGAAAGAAGAACAUCUCAUGGUGAUACAAUGCAAAAUGUAUCAAGCACCCGACGGUGGCCUUUGCAGUGUAAAUACAACUCACAAAAGAGAUUCAGUAGGCGAGCAAGCGAGCAAAGAAACAAAUAGCGCUGGAACGAUCAAAAGGAGCCAUCUCAUCCGGACACCCAACACCCUGGAUGUUUGACUGUUCGUAAAACGAAAGCAAAGCCUUUGGAUCGCGGCGUAUCGUGUCGAGAUGUCUAGCCCUAGCCCGCGUCGAGGAGGCGAUUUAAUCAAUUCGAUACACAGGCAGAGGGAGGAAAUGACAAAUCUGUCCCGCUCUCCUGAGGGGCGAGGCGAUCGAGACUCGAGAGGGGUAAAGAGAGGUGUACCUAGAGACAGAGACAGAGACAGAGGCAGAGGAAAAUAGUGUUCUGAAGCAUCAACAGUCGAUGCGCCACGA